AUGACCCUCAUCAGUCAAGACACGGCAGACUCUGCCAGAGCUGGCCGGCUCGCUGGCCUAUUUCGCAACGUCCUCAACGGGAACCGGAAAAUCCGGUCUGCCAACGAUGCAAAACUGUUCUUUGAGGCUGCUCGAGCUCAAGCAGCACCGAGCUCAUGCGUUGAGGCUAUCGUUGCCAGCAAACAUGGCAUCGAGGCCUUGCAACUGGCCGUGCGUGUGGACCUGUCAGUCUCUUUCCUGCAGACACAAACACUACGAUUCCUUGCAUACCUGGAUGACGCCCAGUUGAGCAUCCUCGCCGGUGGGCAGUUUCUCCAACACACCCUCGUGGCCCUUGUCAAGCCGCCCACCUUCUGGAACGAGCUCGUCACUGCCGCUCGGAGCGGUGCUCUCGACGAGGAGGCGUUCCAGGUGUUUUCCUGGCUCUGCUUCGCUCUUCUAUCCCUGCCUGAGACUGCAGAAGUCGACAUUCUCACAGACGUCGUGCCUAUGGACCAGAGCAAGCGUUUCAUCGAAGCAUCGUCGCCGGAGACCCGGAAGAUAGGCUACAAGAUCCAGCGCCUGUUGCAACUUCGAACAUCUCCCAACAGCAAGUCCAUUGAUGGCUUUGCUCCGGGUGGGAGACAUGACAACGACUUUGCGGAUUUCAGAAAGGUCGCGGUCUACCCGACCACCGACGAGUUCCUCUCCAAUGAUCGGCCGUUCUACCGGCGGGUCAAGGAGGUCUUCGAGACGGACAUGUCAGAACGAGCUGCAGUUCACUUGGAUAACACUUACCGGCUGACUCGAGAGGACCUCUUGGGGGAAUUGAGGAGUGACUGGCAAAUUGCACAAGGCCGAAAGAGCGGGAGAAGGUCGGCUCUCACACUUCGCAAGCUCUGGCCGGCGUUUUUGGAACUAGGGGACGAAAAAGCACGGAAGAAGUGUUCCCUUGCGCUUCGAUGCGGUGCAGGUCUGGAGGAACUCGGGAAGAAGCACCGUGACGCUCAGAAGAAGUGGCUCCAGGACAACAAGAGUUACCUUCGCCACCAAGCAUUCGGCGCUCUUUACCAAGGGCAUGAGAUCUUCGGCUUUGCUUUUGUUGACCGUGAGAUUGAUGGUCUUCUCGAGUCUCCCCCGGUGGUCAUUCUACAGUUCACAGACCACCAGGCGUUUAAAAAGGCGCUCUUGGCGCUGAGGACCAGGCAGGACGUCAGAUUCACCCUGGUGGAUACACCUGUCUUUGCGUACGAGCCAGUGCUGGAGCGCCUCAAGGACAUGAUGGAACUCCCUCUACAGGAGCAGCUGCUGGACGCUUCGCAAGCUACAGAUGACUUCACCCCACACAAGGCCAUUCAGCUGAUCACUGAACGUCUUGCUUCAAACCGCACGGGUGUAUCGAUCGAGAUUAAGAAUGGUCAUGUCAACAAGACAUUCCAGCUGGAUUACUCUCAGCGUCAGUCUUUGAUCAACGCACUCUCCAGGAAGGUCAGCGUUAUUCAAGGCCCCCCAGGUACCGGUAAAUCUUUCAUCGGUGCACUUGCAACACAUUUCAUCAUUCAGAAAACAAACUACAAGAUCCUCGUCAUCACGUACACCAACCACGCUGAGGAUCAAUUUCUUGAGGACCUGCUAGAUCUUGGCAUUGAAGAAGAGUCCAUAGUUCGACUGGGCUCCAAGUCCACGCCGAGGACUGCUUCUUUGCUUCUGUCCAAGCAACAAUCCGGAUAUCGACGAACCAAAGACGCGUGGGCUGCUAUUGACAGGUUGAAGGGAGAAGCUGCCGAACAAAGCGUGGAUUUACGCAAAGCUUUCUCGAGUUACCUCCAGACCUACCCAACAUUCCAUGACAUACAGGACCACCUCGAAUUCUCUGAGGAAGAUUCGCAUUUCUACGAGGCUUUUCUUGUUCCAACCGAAAACGAUGGUUAUAAGAAGGUCGGAAAGAAGGGGAAAGCAAUCGCUGAGGACUAUCUGUACGAACGUUGGAGAUGUGGGCAAGGGCCCGGCAUUUUUGGACCACACUCUCUCAAGAACCAUCAAAAUGUGUGGAACAUUGCACCUCUGCUACGGAACAAAUACAUUGAAAAGUGGUUCUCGAGCAUUCUCCAGGAAAACGCUGGACGUGUUCAAGAAAUCGCCAGGCAGUACGAUCUUGCCCAGGAGCGAAUGGACACCCAAUUCAAUGAGAGCAAAGUCUCAAUCCUGCGCGACAAGCGCAUAAUCGGGUGUACAACCACCGCCGCUGCCAAGUACACGAAACUCAUCGCUUCUGCGCAGCCGGAUAUUGUGAUAGUGGAAGAGGCCGGUGAAAUUCAGGAAAGCCACAUUCUCACGGCCUUGACACCGUCUGUCAAACAGCUCAUUCAGAUCGGAGACCACAAACAACUUCGUCCAAAAAUCAACAACUAUCAACUCACAGUUGAGAAGGGAGACGGGUACGACCUAAAUCGCUCCCUAUUCGAGCGGCUGAUACUGCAGGGACAUCCGCACACAACCUUGCGGAAACAACACCGCAUGCAUCCGGAUAUUUCACUCCUUGUCAAGGAACUCACAUAUCCAGACUUGGAAGAUGGUCCGAAAACAUCGGCUCGUGAGCCAAUCCGCGGGCUCGACGACCGCGUCAUUUUCGUCAACCACAACCACCCUGAGCUGCAGAACGAUAGAAUCGGCGACCGUCGUGACCAGGACUCCAAGUCCAGCAAAGAAAACGACUUCGAAGCAAGAAUGGUCUUGAAAACCGUAAGGUUCUUGGCGCAACAGGGCUAUGGCACGAAGAACAUGGUUGUUCUCACGCCAUAUCUCGGCCAACUGCGCCUUGUGAGAGACAUGCUCAUAGACGAUGUCGACCCACUGCUGAGUGACCUCGACUCUCACGAGCUCAUUCAAGCAGGCUUGAUGACCAAGGCGGCCGCAAAAGUCGACAAGUCACCACUUCGCAUAUCGACCAUCGAUAACUACCAGGGUGAGGAGGCCGACAUAGUCCUUGUCUCCCUGACCCGGAGCAACGGAAAUGGAGACAUUGGCUUCCUCGCGGCGCGCGAGCGGCUCAACGUUCUUCUCUCUAGAGCGCGGAAUUGCCUCAUCAUGUUUGGCAACAUGGAGACCUACAUGCAAAGCAAGAAAGGAACAGAGACAUGGAAUCCCUUCUUCAAGCUUAUGAAGUCCAAGAACCACAUCCAUGACGGACUCCCGGUCAAGUGCGAGAAGCAUCCUGACAGGAAGUUCCUUCUCCAGGAGCCAGACGACUUCGACAAAUGCUGUCCGGAUGGCGGAUGUACCGAGAAAUGCGAUGCUCCUCUCAAUUGCGGCCUGCACAAUUGCAACAUGCGCUGCCACCGUGUAGAUGAUCACUCCAAGAUGCCAUGUCCGCACAAGGUGGAGAGGGCCUGCGACAGGGGCCACAAACUCAAGAUGCCGUGCCACAUGCGGAACGACAAGUGCCGUACGUGCGCACACGAGGACCUGGAAACAGAGCGGAGAAUCAAGAGGGACCUGAAGCUCGAGGCCGAAAGGCAGGCCCGCGAGGCGGCAUACAAGAGGGAGCUCCAGGAGAUUCAGGACGAGAUUGAUCACGAGCGGCGCACGAUCAGGUACCGCAAGGACGAGGAAGAGCAACAAAAGACGCUCGCGCAGCAGCGAGCGGACCUUGCCGCUUUGAAGCAGACCGCAGAACGGGUUCUGAAGGCGGAAAAGGCACAGGCUAAGCAGAAUAUGCCUGGGUCGUUUCCUGGGGUUGACCCUCCGACUCCCCCGACUGAUGCAGAGUCGUCCGACAGUCUGCAAGAUCUUCCCGACGGCGCAGCGCAAGAGUGGCAAUACCUCAAGCAGCUCGAGGGGGCCAAGAGCGAGUCUCUGGACGAGCUGAUGGGCAUGAUCGGGCUCGAGGAAGUGAAGUCGGAGUUUUUGUCUGUCAAGUCGAGGGUUGACACGGCGAUUCGGCAAGAUGUCUCGCUGGGCAAGGAACGAUUUGGUUGUUCCAUGUUGGGCAAUCCUGGAACAGGGAAAACCACCGUUGCUCGCAUUUAUGCUCAAUUCCUUACUUCGCUCGGCGUCAUUCCUGGCAGCUGCUUCAAAGAAGAGACUGGAGCUAGUCUGGCCAAUGCCGGGGUAUCUGGCUGCAAGAGUAUCAUAGAUGAGAUAAUGAACGACGGUGGUGGUGUACUCUUCAUCGAUGAAGCCUAUCAGCUCACGUCCGGAAACAGCUUCGGGGGCGGAGCUGUCCUGGAUUACCUCUUGCCAGAGGUCGAGAACCUCAAUGGCAAGGUGGUUUUCAUCCUCGCUGGCUACAGAAAGCAAAUGGAGAGCUUCUACGCACACAAUCCCGGUCUGCCAUCGAGAUUUCCCAUCGAGAUGAAGUUUGACGACUACACAGAUGAGGAGCUGAUGCGCAUAUUCGAGCUGAAGAUGCGUAAGAAAUAUGACGGUCGAAUGAAAUGCGAAGACGGUUCGAGAGGUCUCUACUCUCGGAUCGUGACCAGGAGGGUGGGUCGCGGCCGGGGCCGGGAGGGUUUCGGUAAUGCCAGGACGAUUGAGAACACACUGGCCGUCGUCAGCUCACGACAGGCGACUAGGCUGAGGAAAGAACGGCGUCAAGGCAAACAUCCCGAUGAUUUCUUGUUCAUCAAGGAAGACCUCAUCGGCCCCGAGCCAACGGAGGCCCUGACGGGGAGCGAGGCCUGGAAGAAGCUGCAGAAACUUUUUGGCCUCGAGGCAGUCAAGGAAGCAGUCAAGUCCCUUGUCGACAGCGUCAAGCAGAAUUAUACCAGGGAGCUUGAUGAGCAACCGCCCAUCGAAUACUCUUUGAACCGUGUGUUUCUGGGCAAUCCCGGGACAGGGAAGACCACUGUGGCCAAGCUGUACGGGGCGAUUCUUGUGGAUCUGGGAUUGCUCUCGAAAGGCGAGGUGAUCAUCAAGAACCCUUCAGAUUUCGUCGGUUCCCACCUCGGUGAAUCCGAGAAACAGACGAAAGGCAUAUUGGCCGCAUCUUUGGGCAAGGUCCUAGUCAUCGAUGAGGCAUAUGGGCUUUAUGGCGGCCAGGGCUCCACAGCCGAUAUCUACAAGUCAGCCGUCAUCGACACCAUUGUCGCUGAGGUACAAAGCGUCCCUGGAGAUGAUCGAUGUGUCUUGCUCCUCGGAUACAAAGAUCAGAUGGAUACAAUGUUCCAGAAUGUCAACCCGGGUCUCAGCCGGCGCUUCCCAAUGUCUUCGGCCUUUAAUUUUGAGGAUUUCGACGACGAGGCCCUGCGCCAGAUACUGAAUCUGAAGCUGAAGCAGCAGGGAUACCAUGCCACAGAUCAAGCUAAGCGGGUGGCCAUGGACAUUCUUGGUCGAGCGAGGAACCGCCCAAAUUUUGGCAACGCUGGAGAAAUCGACAUCAUGCUUGACGCCGCAAAGGCAAGGCAUCAGUUGAGGCUCUCGCACAAGGAGACUGACUCGGCUUCUACUCUCGAGGCACUGGACUUUGAUGAGAAUUUCGACCGUGCUGAACGCGCCGAGACUAAUGUUUCCAUGCUAUUCGAAGGAACCGUUGGUCAGGAGGACGUCAUUGCAAAAUUGCAGGGCUACCAAGAGACAGUCAGAACGAUGAAGUCCUUGGAGCUGGAUCCCAAGGAGGACAUACCAUUCAACUUCCUCUUCCGGGGGCCUCCUGGCACCGGAAAGACUACAACAGCAAAGAAGAUGGGCAAAGUCUUCUACGACAUGGGGUCCUCGCCACAGCUGAUGUUGAGGAAUGCUCCGCCACCGAUCUUAUCGGCCAAUACAUUGGCGAAACUCGACACCGCUCUAGGAAAGGUUCUCUUCAUCGACGAGGCGUACCGCCUUGCCGAAGGCCAUUUUGCCAAAGAAGCCAUGGACGAGCUAGUAGAUGCCACAACGAAGGACAAGUACGCCAAGAAGUUGAUCAUCAUUCUUGCUGGCUAUGAGAAUGACAUUAACCGCCUAAUGACGACCAAUCCCGGGCUUACUUCUCGCUUCCCUGAGGUUAUUGACUUUCGAACUUUGCGGGCCGAUGAGUGUGUGAAGUUGCUCCUGCAGGCGCUGAUGUCACACAAGAGGCGCCUCUCAAGCCCCAAGUCAAAAAGGAAAGUCAACCUUGACGUUUCCGUGCUUCAGCCGCCGGAGGAGCCUCUUGCGUCCAAGUUGAAUCACUUGUUCUCUGAGCUAUCGAAGCAGGAAAAUUGGGCGAGUGCUCGGGACGUGACAACCCUUGGCAGAACCAUCUUCAACGUCGUCGUACAAGACAAGCAAGGCAUUGCAAAUGGUCAUUUGACCGUCGGCGGAGAUGUCGUCGAGGCCGAGCUGAUGAAGAUGCUCCACGAGCGUGCAAGCCGGAGCGUGGAUCACGGCAGGUCAUUUCCUUCACUGGAAGAUUUUGACCAAGCUCCCUUCCAGGUGCCCCCGUCUUCCGCCAGGCCCCAGAUCAAGACCCAGACCACCAUGAAACAGUCUGUGACAGACCGUGACUCGGCUCCACCAGAAAAGGAAGAGGACCCGAGGAAGAAAGCAACUCCUAUCAACCAAGCGGCAGAGCUAUCCAAGCGAGAGGCCACGCGAGAUGCCGGAGUUAGUGAUGAAGUGUGGGAGCAGCUCCAGAAGGACAAGCAGGCCGGGGAGCAACGGGAGCAGGAGUACCAUGACCUGCUCAGGGCGCAACGGACUGCCUCGGACGCGGCGAGGGAAGCGAUCGUCAAGAGAUUGCUCGAAGAAGAGGAGCGCAGGCGGAAGGAAGAGGAGGCGCGGAAGAAGCUGGAGACGAUGGGAUUAUGA